UCUAAUUCCAAUGAGCAUUGUCAUUGUCGUUUCUGUUCAUUGGCCGUUACAAUUUUUUGAAUAUGCGUCUGUCUCCUGCAAAGCGAAUGGACAUAACUCCUUCUAAGCUUGGAACGCCCUCAAGAGUACGAGCUUUUGAUAGUGAUACUAAUAAGAAUGCACCAUUUUCGCCAAUAUCACAGUUACAUACUCCAAGAAGAAUUCUUGGUGGGAAGCCUUCAGAAGCAAAGAUGGAGAACGAUGAGCAUAAUUCACAAGGUUCGAAAAUAACGCUUAGUGCUGUGAAAGCUUCUCCAAGACAAAAGAAAGAACUUGGCAGUGAUACAAUAUUAAGUCCCGUUCGCUAUUCAACCAGAAUAAAGCAGAAAAGAGAAGGAAACGUUUCAACUCCAGAUAGCAACAGAGUAAAGCAAUAUCUCCAACAAAGUGGCUACACAUAUGCUCCCAACAAGUACGUGAAAGAAGGAUUUCAUUUGGAGAGCAAUGAAUUCCUUAAGAAUAAGGAAGAGAAUGCUGAAACAUCGAAUCCUUGAUGAAAAUAUUGGAAAGUCAAAACAUUUGUUGGCAUCGUAUAGCAACGAGUUGAAGCAAUUCUUUGAAACUUUGCAAAUAUUAAUAAACUAGUGAAUAUAUGGAAACAAUACAGCUCUGGAGAUUCUUCCUCGAGAAGUUGGAGUUGUGUUGAAACGGAUUCAACGUUAGUUCAUACGAGAAAUAUUUCUCAAAUUCACAAAACAAAUCAAUAAGGAGUCUUUACAAGGGCACAAACGCAGUCCAUUCCUACUUCCUUUCACUGAAAGCAAGGAUAUAACCACCAUUUUUUAGUUUCGCACAGUCACUAUUCUAGAGAAUUCAAGCACUCCUGGAAGAAACUUCAAAAGUACCGUUUCAAAUUCCAAUCAAAGCCAUCCGCUAUCCGCACGACAAUUAGACACGACUUGGUUGAUGGCACCAAAGCCCUCAACACACGUAUAUUUUCCUUUCGAUGUGAUGAGGAUUUCCAUUCUAUUUGUUACUUGAUGAAGGAAAAAAUACUACUCUGUGACUUUUGUACGAAAGAAAUAAAUAAUACGAUAUGGAA